AUCGACUUGUUUUCUCUUUUGAUAUCCCAAACAGCUGCAUUUUGUCCUGUCAAUUAUCAAUCUGUGCCUAUUUUCUGGCACCGACCAAAUGAUGCAGUCGCAGCUAAACACGUAUUAUAAUGACCUGUGCAAGCAAAUGUUGAGCGCCCAACAUCGUGGAGAGUUUUGUGAUCUUGACAUUGUAUGCAACGGCCAUACAAUAUCCGUCCACAAGGUCAUUAUCUGCUUGCAAUCUCCAGUCAUCAAAGCAGCAUGUACUGGUUCAUUUGCGGAGUCCUGUGGAAGAUACGAAAUCAAAGACUGCUCUUAUGAAACUGUCCAAGGAAUGGUAGACUAUCUAUACACGGGCAAUUAUGACACUUACACGAAAGAAUUACCCAAAGAGCAAUCCGAGGAGCCGGGGGAGAUUGUGCCGGGGCAGCGCGAUGUGUUUAGUGAAUUAAUCCAGCAUGUGAAAAUGUUCAGCCUCGCAGACAAGUAUCUCAUCGACGGACUUCUCGAGUUAUCGAGGACCAAAUUCAAGAAAACAGUCAGGAAUGAGCGGGACACGUGCGCAUUUUCCCAAUUCGUGGCCGAGGUGUACGACUUACAAUUCGAGUCGAGCAAAGAACUGCGUGACAUCGUGGUUGAGUCUGUCAGAGAGAGGGUCGCGGUGACUCCGCUGAAACCCAGCGUCCAGGAGGCCGUGGAUGGUUUAAUAGACGAAAUUCCCGAAUUCGCGGGUGAUCUGGCCAGGUCAUAUCUGCGACGGCCGAUACUGGGACACUGCACCACUUGUGGGACUCACAAGUUGGUUUCAAUAUCGACGCUGCAGUGCAGGUGUGCGGAAUGUGGAAAAGGCGGCGCAACGCCUUUGGGAUCUUGGUACGAAGGAAAAUCAUACUGAGUCCUCUUACCUCCUACAUUACCAGGGGAGUGACUACUGUAUCUAAUAUCUCAAGCACAUAGGGAGCCGAUGAGCAUACUCUGGGGCACCAUGAUAUACUUUUAAAUACUUACUGCAAGAAAAUGGCGAUGUUAUUAGGAACGCUCUCUUACAGCACCACUUAUACCACUGAAAUAACUACGUCAAUGAAAACAUCAUGGCUUCUUACAUAUCUUGGCUUCGACUUCAAAUUUCCACGUGCAAAUAGUUGCAGCAGGCUAACGUAGCAAGCGCAGGUACACAAACAAUGCAACCAUCUUCCGUUCCCCCAUUAAGAAAAAGAAUUG